AAAAGGAACAAGCGACAGAAAACCGAAAACAUUUAUCCUGGCAGAAAGCGAGGAGUGCGAUGGAAACGGACCGCCCGGCGAAGCCUUUUCGUGCGGCUGAACCCAGAAAGCGAGGUAUUUAAGUCGGUGAAAAAGCGCAACACCUUCGGAGUCUCGGAAGAAAGUGCCGUUGUGUCAACCAUCGUUUGGCUCCCGGGCACGCUUUGUACAGAGCAACUUGGACAGCUGCGUGUUUUCAGGCAAGCCAUCAACAAAGAAUGAAAGCAUUCAAACGAGCCCUGGAAGAAGAGCAUCGCCCGGAGCAGGAGCACUCCUCGGCUGUGUCAGACAGUGAUGACGGCUCUCCACUUGACCUGUCAGGAAGAGGGCUCUUUGGAAAACGCCGUCGCCGCGGCAACCUGCCCAAGGAGGCGGUGCAGAUUCUGCGGAGCUGGCUGUACGAGCACCGCUUCAACGCCUACCCAUCAGAGCAAGAGAAGCUCAGUCUCUCAGGCCAGACCAACCUCUCCGUGCUGCAGAUUUGUAACUGGUUCAUCAAUGCACGUCGCCGCCUCCUCCCUGACCUGCUUCGCAAGGAUGGAAAAGACCCCACCAAGUUCACCAUCUCCCGCAAGGUUGGUGGUAAAAUUGAAGGCCCGUCAUCUAAUGGAGGGGGAGCCAGCUCUCCAGAAAGAAACUCUUCCCCCAGCUCAUCUCAACAGCGCCCAUCUGUCAUCCGCUCUGCACCCACACUGGACCUCAGUCUUCUUGGGAACACAGCGACAGCUAUUCUGACAGGAGCAGGCUACCCGGGUAAAGAAGGAUCAGUCCAGGCGCUGAUGAAGCUGGAUACACAAAGUUUGCUGAGGGAAGCAGAGGAACAAGCUUGUCUUACCAGCACAACAAUGGCAGCUAGUCCCACCAGUGGCCUCUUCAACACGCCUCCUCCGACUCCUCCUGAGCUGUUCCCCACCCAGGACUUCAGCGAUUUGAGACUCUUAGUCGAUGCAGCUCUGCAGAGGGCAGCAGAGCAAGAGAACCUGAAGAGAGUCCAGGAGAGCCAGAACAAACCAACAGAGGCUGUAAAGACUGAACGAGUGGAGACACAGUGCAGUGCUUACAGCAGUGACAUGGGCCCCACACCACCUCCAGAAGAAAGCCAACAAGUCAUGGAUGCCUCUAGGGUGCAGAGUCUGAUGGAGAAGGCUAUGGCAGUCCCAGUGUCAGCUGUAAGUUCAGUGACGGCUCCAGUGCCUCAGUCCUCAGCAGCCUCUGUACUAGUUCCAGCUCCUGUCUUGGUCUCAGCCUCAAGGCUAUCUCCUCUCCCAAUGAAUAAAGUCAUCUGGAGCCCCUUGGAGAAGGACACAGCCAGAGCGGCCAGCCCAAACCAGCCUCAGCUCAUCCCAGCCCAUCUGCCACCUUUAGUGCCAUUGUCGGCUUCCGUCUUUGGACAGCCAAAUUCUCAGACCGCUGCUGCUGCUGCUGCUGCUGCUGCUCCAGCCAUCACCCCAGCUUCAUCAUCAGCUCCAGCCUCAAGCUCAGCUCCAGCUCCACUGCCGGCUACAAGGCCAGUUUCGGUGCCAUCACCAGUCCUUGUCCCGGUUACAAGUUCCACCCCUGUCACUGCUUCAAGCCAGGCUUCGUCCCCAACUGUAGCGCUUGUUCCAGCUUCUCCUUCCUCAGCCAUCACCUCUCUAACAUCUCCAAGAGGAGUCCCACUCUACCUGCCAUUCCACAAAUCCCCUUUAAUCCCCGUCACAGUUCCGUACGCAUCACCUGUUUCAACCUCAGCAUCGUCUCCAGCCCCUGUUCCCUCCCCAGUCUCUGCCUCUGCCAAAGCCUCAAUUCCUGUCCCAGCUUCAGCCCCAACGUCCUCCUCCACUCCAACAAUCGCACCUCUUGCAGGCCUUGCGUCCCACCUCACUCCUCCUCUUCAGCCCUCUUCCACAAGCAGCGCCAGCAGCAUUAGUAGCAGUACCCAGAGGAAUUCAGCAGUGGUGCCCAGUGUUUGGAGCUUGGUCCAUGCAGACGCCAGGCAAACGAGUUCUCUUCAAGUGGUAAAGACCCCCAUCACCACAGUGUGGGGCCAACAGCACAGCCUGCACACAGUGAGUGAAACUGUUAACUAGGAGCUGGAACUGGGCACCUUUUUUAUAUAUCUUGGGAGGAGAGAGGCCAGACUUUCCAUUAGGCUGGACAACACUGUAUAUAGGAGAAUGUAUCUACAUCGCCAGUCCAUUUUGACAUUAAAGCCUGUGCCUGCAGAAUACACAGCAAUGAAUUAGAUGUACAAACUGGGACAAAGUAACGGACAUGAGAUGUUUUAGAGAUGUGCUGUUGCAAGCAAAUUUUAUCGUUUAAUACGCUGUUCUUGACGGACGCCGUUGCUUGUAAGAACACUGUGGCGCCAUAUCUCAGAGUGAACACACUUAAGUGUAGAGUAAAUAUUUGUGCAAAGUUUUUGAUGACAUUUUCAACUCCCUUUCCACCUUACAAUUUUUGAGUGAGGCGGAAGAUAUCCCAUAAUUGUACAAAAUUUCAGUUAGCACCAGCAGAGUUAGCGUCUUCAGUAGCAGUACUGGACUUUGUUGAAUGUACAAAAGGCCCUGACAUCAAUGGCUAGGCUGCCUGGCAUCCAUUCCCCUUCGGGAUAGAAAGGAGGACAUUAGUGUUUUUUCUACGUACAGCAACAACUUCAUAGUCCUCCAUAGUGGUGCAAUUCAGGUGGUUUUUCAAAAAAUGUACUCUGUUCUUUACUCCACUAAAUUUUUCCUGUUUGUCUUUCUGUUGUGGUGGCAAUGAGCAGAGGGGAAAUUGAUUGUACUGCAGCAAGCCUGACUGAAUGACUCGCCUCGAUGUGUCUUUCUCCAUCGCUCUCCUCCUUGUCUCACUAUUUUCCUUUCUUAUUAUAGCUAAGAGGAUUCAUUGGCCCUCACAAAUUGUCGUCUCAGCCACUCAACACACGUGCUCAAGCACCGCGUCUUUCUUUGUCAUUUCCAAUCUAAAGAAUAUUCAAACAAAUGAGCAGUAUUCUCUCUGUAUUUGUUAUUAACGUUAUAUCUGUUACUUGUUUCUGACCUUGCUCAGUUGCGUACCUUUUGCAGGGAUUGUUGUUGAGGGGAUUUUGGGGGGGCUGUGAGUAUAGGAUGAAGGGGAGAAGGUCACAUUGGAUCUGUUACAGAAAUCAAUUUCAGUGGAGAGGUGAGCAGCUUGGUGAUCUGAUGACAUCAAGCUCUUACAGCUCCUGAAAUGAAAUGUUACACUUGCUGUGAGACAUGGCACCUUUAUCUUUUGUGGUGCAAGAAAACUUUAAAUGUUGGAUACUCUUAUUUAGAGGAUAAAUUAUACAGAUUUCCCUUGGGUCCAUGUAUUUCAAACAUAGAUGUCUUAAUAGUGGUAAAGCAAAUGUGGCAGAUGCACUGAAGUUGCUGAUAUGAUUUGCUUCUUUUUCUAGGAAGGUACAACAGCAUACAAAUUUUUUGUUUUGUUUUGUUUUUUUUUGUUUUUUUCCCCUCAUCAGUGCUAAGUGCCAGUAUUUAAUUCUAAUCAUUCAUAAAGCUCUAGUUUCUAUGAAACUGUUUUAGCAUAAACCACAAUAUAUGGCUGAAUUCCAACUGGACAUUAUUAACAGUAGCAUUGUGUGGAAAAGUCGGGUUCCCGCGUGAAUAACACUGUAGCAGAAUUAUCAUGUUUACCAGUGUCAUUGAGCCUUUGGUUGGUUCAAACGGUUACAUUUUGCAUGUGCAAGGACCUCGCAUCUAAUAUUAGGUCAAAAUACUGCUGAGCACUGAGCAACAUUCCCACCAAACCUCUCCAUUUUCUCAAACUCUAAUUUUCUACUUGUAUUUUCUCUUCUUUUUUGAUUUGUUUGUGUCUUCUCACUGCCAGUUAUUUUUUCUGUACAUCAGCAGAAUUUUUUUUGGUUACAGGUACUCACUAGGCUGAUUUGCAUUUAUACCUCAGUUUACACAGGUCAUGUCAGGUUUGGGUCAUAAGAGUAAUAUGUUAUUAAUAUUUAGUAAUGAUACUAAGUAUUAAAGUAAUAUUUUUAUUAUUCAUACUACAUUAUGCCACUAUGAUGACACCUAAUCAGUUGUGAUACUGGAAAUGGCUGGCUAAAGAUAUAGACAGGCAGGUUUUAUAUAGUAAGGUUUAUAUUGGGUUUUAGAUGAAAACUGGCGCUCAAAUUAGAGACGACAAUAUAUUGAUGUGUAAAUAUGUUCAAGGUCUUUUUUUUUUUUUUCUUUUUUUUUUUUUGUAUGUAUUGGCAUGAACUUUAUCUUAAAGUAUGUAGUUUCUUUACAGCCAAAUACAUUCAGAAAUGUUUUUUCAAAUUCAUGUUGUGAAUCAUGACUGACUGUUGGCAGUAUGACUAGCUGCUGUGCCUUAAACCUACGACUGAGGGAUGAUGUCCCCCUUUUUUUUU